AUGUGUCGAACCGAGGGCGGCCCUGCACCAACUGCUCGAUCGACCGACAAAUAUGCUCGAUCCAGCCCCGACCGAAACGAUAGUAAGCCUUGUCCUCCUCCUCCCCUUGCAGCCUUCUCUCUGCACAAGGCCCAAGGCCCGAAACAGAAAGCAUGGUGCACUAACCGUGGUGAUGCACGGCUUAGUGGUGUUUCCAAGAAACAUGCCGCCUCUGGCACUGGCAAUUCGUCGUCUACGGCCACCGACGUCGUCGAAGCUGACCCCGCAGACCCGCCAUCGGGCUCGCUGCCGACCACGGCGGAGGCUGACAUGGACCGCGGAAGAGCGACUACUGGCGAUGCCGCCUUCAAUCCAGACGCAUGGCUCGAGGAUGACGCCGACGGGACUGGGCCUGCCACGCACCCUCACACCCAGGACGCUUUCCUCCCGAGCCCCAGCUUUCUUUCGGUCGACGCGCUGGAUGUCGAUGCAUCAUUCGAUCUGAGCCACAGUCGCUGGACCGGGAUGGCGCCAAGUGUGGACGAGGCCACGCAGCAGCAGAACAGCGACGCCAACUACGCCAUUGAUCCCGCCAAACUCCUGACGCCGAGUGUGACUACAGACAUGGCUGACCUCCAGGUCCCUCUCCCUCUCCCGGAGUCGUCUGCCGCACAGGCUCAGGCCAGCUUCGACCCCGGCAGGUUUGUCAUCUGUUCCUACUACUCGUUCAUUGAAGGGGACUUCCUGGCGGAGCUGCCGGCCGAAACCAUGCAGUUUCUGGAGACGAAGCACUGUCUUCACCUCCCCACCCCCGGGAUCCUGAAUGAAUUCGUGCGCCAAUAUUUCCUCCAUGUCCAUCCCAACAUUCCCAUGCUCGACGAAGGAGACUUCUGGGACAUGUAUAGCCGACGUGGAAGGGGUCGAGACCCGGGACGAGGCAUUUCUCUGUUCCUGCUCCAAGCCAUGAUCUUUGCAUCGUCCAGCUUUGUCUCCAGCGAGACGCUGCGACGCCUCGGUCUCCGCAGCACCCGCGAGGCGCGCACCCGGUUCUACCAUGCGGCCAAGACUCUGUAUCAGCACGACGACAGCAAUGACCCCGUCACCACUGCCCAGGCCCUCCUCCUGCUCAGCUACCAAACGUCGCCGAGGCGGAUGCGAGCCAACAGCUACUGGCUGGCUCUCUCGAUCCAUUCUGCCCGAGAAGCUGGCGCCGACUGCUACCAGGACCAGAACCAUUCGCCGGCCCGGCGUCGGACCCUCAAGCGGCUCUGGUGGUCCUGUAUCCUGCGCGACCGCGUGGUGUCUCUCGGGGUCCGGCGGCCCCUGAUGCUCAGCGCCCAUGACUUCGACUUCAGUCUGCCGUGCCUGGAGCCGGAGGAUUUCGACAACGACCUCGGCCGGUCGCGGGUGGUCGACGCCGUCACCCAGCACGCCCUGCUGACCAUCAUCGUCGCUAAGUGCAAGCUGGCCCUGGCCCUGACGGAUCUGCUCAUGUUGGUCUUGCCUCGCAAAGCUCCCUUUGCGCCCCAAUGCGAGGCUGAGGCCCGUCGCUGUCUCGCCCGCAUGGAUCAAUGUGGCGCCCUCCUGGACAGCUGGUACCAGGACUCGGGGCGCGAUUUGAACCAGCUCAAGGCCACGGCGAAGGGUAGGGAAAGCCAAUCCCAGACCCAACCCCAGACCCGCCAUCCGUCCCUGACGUUGCACGUCAACGUGACAUUCAUCUACUAUCAGUACGUACCUCCCUACCUGUCCCGUUCCUAG